UGUCGGUCUGCGUGCGCCGUGCGUUAAAAUAAGAGUUGAUUUGUUCACCAAAAGAGGAAAUCCAGUCCUGUAAGUCGUAGCUCCAAACCCUCACUGGUGUGACAGAAAGCUUGAUCGUGUUUUGGACCAUGGGAGCUUUUAAUUGGUUGGCGGUUCUGGUGGGCGUGGCCUCACUUCUGAUGUCGGUCCAAUGCAGCACGAGCUGCAGAGGAACCGACGGACAGGCUGGACUUAACGGUGCUCCGGGCAGAGAUGGACUGACUGGAGAAAAGGGCGAGAAAGGAGAGCCAGCCAGGAUGGCCGAUGGUCCGGUGGAUGCAGACGUCCUGAUGAGGCUAAAGGGCGAGGUUGGGGGUCGAGGUUUGCAAGGGGCCAUGGGUCCUAAAGGAUACCAAGGAAAUCUAGGAGCAGCUGGUCGAGCAGGAAGCGCUGGUUUACCCGGACCCAUUGGGAAGAAAAUUGGUCAAGGAUAUCAGGCCCUUCAGCAGGCCAGCUCAGCGUUCUCUGUGAUCAGGACUGAAACCAGCUAUCCUGGACUCAACCAGAAAGUAACCUUUCAGACUGCCGUGGUCAACAACCCUGGAGACUUUGACAGAGCUACGGGUCAGUUCACCUGCAGGAUACCUGGAGUUUACUACUUCAACUUUCACUCUGUCGCCAAGGUCAGCAUCUGUCUGUAUAUAGCCAGCGACGCUCUGACCAACAAGCUGGGAUUCUGUGAUUACAACAGGAACAACGAUCAGGUUUUGUCGGGCGGCGUGGUCCUGGAGUUGACGGCUAAUCAGAAGGUCUGGCUCGAGUCCUUCAGAGACCAGCAGACGAAUACUGAAGUUCGAGAUAACAGAGAAAAACAGAUCAUCUUCAACGGCUUCCUGGUCUCUGCGAGCACAGAUUACUACGUAGAAGUUACUGACUCAUUUUUUUGUCUCCUGGCUGCUGCUCGUCUCUCAGCUUCUCCUCAGUCUGCUGAGGACGGUUUGAGAUCCUUUGCCGGUUUUCUCAAGUCAUCCAUCAUGCUCCAUCAUCGUGUCCUCCUCAUCACUACCCUGCUCUCAUUGGCCGCACCCCUGCUGGCUGCAGAUGAGACCUGCUCGGCCACAGGGAUGCCAGGACUGCCAGGUAUACCCGGGAUGCCGGGGAGAGAUGGUCGAGAAGGGCAGAAAGGACAGAGAGGAGAGCCAGGGGCGGCGUGGCAGGGCGGCCUUGGCCCUCAGAAAGGAGAGAAGGGGGGGCCAGGGCUGACGGGAUAUCCUGGUAAACGAGGUCAGAGCGGCGAGGGGGGAACGCCAGGUAUCCCAGGAAAACCUGGAACCCUAGGUGAACCAGGAGAACCAGGGUCUGUUGGAGUCCAGGAGAAAGCCGGCUUCAGUGUGGCCAGAGCGACCAACAAUGUCCCAGACAGAUCCAGCGUGAUCAAGUUCUUAAAUGUCAUCACCAACAUCAACGAUGACUACGACACAGAGACGGGAAAAUUCAGGUGUCGGGUCCCGGGAACGUACUACUUUGUGUAUCACGCCUCUUUAGACGACCGACUGGGUGUGGUGCUGAAGCUGGAUGGCGUAGAGAUGACAGUGUUCUGGGAUCAUCGCCGCGGCAGGCGACAGGUGACUUCAGGAAGCAUGGCGGUCUACAUGUCGAAGGAUCAGGAGCUUUGGUUGGAGACGACAGACAACAGAGGGAUGAGAGGAAAACCAGCCGGUUACAGCAUCUUCUCCGGGUUCCUGCUGCACCAGCACUGAUCCAGGAUAUCAUAAUACAGCCUUUCCUGUCACUUUGGUUAAACAGCUUCCCAGCAAAGACUAAAAAUAAAAACAUGAAUAUCUUACCUUCCUUUGUGAAGAAUUCUUUUAAAACUUUAAAGAGAAACUUUUGAUUUCUUUUCAUUUUCACUCUUUAUUGUCCUUUAUUUAACCUUCUCAGCUGUAUGUGAAGUCUCUGUGAAGUGAACAAGACACAAUAAAAUGAACAGAAUCAAACUGAA